AUGGCAGAAGAGAAAAAGGUUAUGUUCCAUGAAAUGGAACUUGAUGAUCGUAUUUUGAAGGCAAUAUCCCAACUAGGAUGGCCACAACCCACUCUUAUCCAGGAAACAGCCAUACCCUUACUCCUGGAGGGUAAAGAUGUGCUCAUGAGGGCCAGGACAGGGUCAGGCAAGACUGCAGCAUUCACAAUACCUGUAAUACAAAAGAUAUUGAACUUGAAGAACACAAGCACGCACCAGUCUAUAAAGGCAUUGAUAUUAUCGCCAAGUAAAGAGUUGUGCGGACAGAUUGCAUCAGUGAUUGGUGAUUUAACAUUAAAAUGUGCAAGAGAAGUGCGGUGUAUAGACAUAUCAUCUAGCGGUGACACACAGACACAAAAGUCAAUGCUUGCUGACAAACCUGACAUUGUAGUGGCUACUCCGUCAAGAGCACUUGCACAUUUAAAAGCAAAUAAUAUGAGAUUAAAAGAUGACUUGGCAAUGUUAGUGGUUGAUGAGGCUGACUUAAUAUUCUCGUUUGGAUAUGAAGAUGAAAUUAAGGAGUUGUUGGGUCACUUACCGAAAAUAUAUCAAGCUGUACUAGCCUCAGCAACACUAUCAGGAGAUGUUUUAAGUCUCAAGAAGAUCGUACUUCGUAACCCUGUGACCCUCAAACUGGAGGAGCCAGAAUUAGCACCUUCAUCACAACUGCAGCACUACCAUUUGUUUGCAGAGGAGGAUGAUAAGGCGGCCAUAUUGUAUGCACUUUUGAAAUUAAACCUCAUCAGGGGGAAGAGCAUAAUAUUUGUACGGACUGUGGAUAGGUGUUAUAAGUUAAAACUGUACUUGGAACAAUUCAAGAUCGGUUCAUGCGUGCUAAACUCUGAGCUGCCGGCAGCAGUGCGGUGUCUGUCAGUGGAUCAGUUCAACAGGGGACGGUACCAGAUCAUCAUAGCCUCUGAUGAGAAGGCGUUGGAGAAGCCUGAUGGGGGCAUACUGCCACUUGAAGAGAGAGGAAAGAAGAAGAAGCCACAACAAUCAAAGCGGAAGAAAGACAAGGAGUCGGGCGUGUCGCGUGGUAUCGAUUUCCAACAUGUUGCCAAUGUGAUCAACUUCGACUUCCCGUUGGACGUCAACUCGUACGUGCACAGGGCGGGGCGCACGGCCAGGGGGAACAACCAGGGAUCAGUACUAUCUUUCGUGUCAAUACGCGAGAAGCCGCUCAUGGAUGCAGUGGAGGCACAUCUUACAAAUGGAUUCAAAACAGAACAAGUGUUACAGAAGUACGAGUUCGCGCUGGAGGAGGUGGAGGGCUUCCGGUACCGGUCGCGGGACGCGUGGCGCGCCGUCACACGCAUCGCCGUGCGCGAGGCUCGUCUCAAGGAGAUCAAGCAGGAGCUGCUCAACUGCAAGAAGCUGCAGGGCUACUUUGAAGAAAACCCAGCAGAUCUAGCAGCACUGAGACGCGACAAGGCCCUGCACACUGUGAAGGUCCAGCAACAUUUAUCCCACAUUCCCGAGUAUCUCCUGCCAGCUGCUUUGAGGAGCGAGGAGCCUGUGGAAGACGAAGAAACGGUGGUGGAAAAGCCCGUGGUGAAGAAAAGGAAACAGCCUGGCAACUUUGGUAGUGCUAAACGACAUAAAUAUAAGGCUCGUCAAAGCGACCCCCUGAAGAGCUUCGAAGUGAAGAAGAAAACCGCGACAGGCGCCACGUAGCACCGCACUUUCGCGUGGUGCGUGCGAGUUACUGUCAUGGUUAGUCACUCGGCUAUGGUUAUUAAAAUAUAUUGUUUUUACAAUAAUAUCUUUAUUUUAUGUCCUUUGUAGUUAGCGGUGUAGGAUGCAUGGGUGUAUUAUGCUUAUUGUGUGUGAAUUUUAUGCUUUUGUGCAAUUAAAUGACACGAGCAAGUCACUGGCUUUGUGUUAACCACAUUUAUGUAUUUUUCGGCCUCUGCAAUGGGUAACUUGGUUUUGAAACGAGAAGUCGUGAAUUCGAUUUCUCCACUGAAGCAUGUUUGUGUGAUGCACGAAUACCUAUUUCUUUUGGGUUUUCGUGUCGAGGGAUCAAGAUUUUCAUUUAUACUUAGAAUGGCCAAAGACUGGUAAUGGAAGAAUAUAUGUAUAUGAUUAGUGUAUAUUUUAUUAUGCUUUUUGCUUCUGGGUAUAGGUAAGUAUAACUUAAGUUGUAUUAUCAUUAGUCUGCAUGAUACUUGGUAGGUAUGGCAUAUGAGCAUCGCUUGAUCAAUCGAUAAAGAAAGACUAAUCAAUAAUAAAGUCAACUUUACUGCCACAAAUGGUAAAGGGCGUCUGAUAGCGGAUAGGAAAUAGACUGAGAAAGAUUAGCCCUCGCCUUUCGACAACGGCAAUGGCGUGCCUAGGAGACCAAGGGCUCAAGUUUAAAAUGAGCCCCCCCCCCCCUCUCAGCGUGUGUAAAUACUACCAAUCACGGUCUUACCUGAUGCGAGAAAUUAUUCGUAUUCAGACGGUAACCUAAAGUCAGGUCAAGGUCCAGGGACCCAAAGGCCUCGGGGGCCUCAGUGAACAUUGCCUAGCUCUACGGUAGCUACGUCCCUGAAUGGUUGUUUAAGACGGGUAUGUGCAGGCUAUUUUGGAAACGCGACGCACGUGGGCUACUAUGGCGAGUUUUGAUGCUAGUGUACCAGUGGUCACUAUCCAGGCGGGUACAAAUAUACUGCUAACAGCAAUUGAUUCGAAAGAAACUCGUGGUAUGGGAAUGUAGGUCGUAACUGUGAAAGUACAUGAAUUAAAUUAGCAUGUAGCAGAGGUACGGCGGUAGAUGGUCGCCAAAUGUUAACGCUUUAUGCACUAUAAAUUAACGAGGCAUUUUGUAGAAUAACUGCGAAUGCACGAAGACAUGUAUUUGCUUGUUUGUAUUUUCUAUUAAAUAAGUUUCAUUUAAAAAA